AUGUCGUCGAAAUUAAUGAAAUACACUGAACACCUCGAUCAGGCCAUCCCCGAUACGUUGGCGAUAGCUCCCCUCUCCCAAGACAAGCAUGGAUCUUACUCGAUCGGCCAUGGCGGAAUCGACAGACCCCACGUGGUCUUCCUUGAUCACCCCAGAUCCAAUUCACAAUUCCUUGGACGACUGGAAAUUCUCCCUUACUUCAUUCAUUGCCUCAAGAUAAAAGUCCUAGCCCACUUCUUGUCCUUCCGCUCCUCCCCCCCUCCCGCUCUCUCCCGAUACCCUCUCAUUCAGCGUAGCAAUUGCGAUAUGGAGAUUUCAUAUACCGAUGAAUUCAACCGGCAGGGUACGGUUUACUUUGUCAACGAUAAUGUCAACGAGCAGGUGCAAUACGUCGACUCGGAUAGCGACACAAUGUCUACAUGCAGCACUCAUUCUGCGAGCACAAUAACAUCGUCCGAGGUAUCAGACUUCUACCAAGAACGAUUUGGGCGAGUUUUUCCCAUGGACGAUAACAUUCCUGUGGUCCUUCCUAUCGAUGAGCCGGAGCACGACCGCCUGGAGAAAUUGCAUCGAUGCUACAAGCUCCUCGUAGGUUCCAAUUACUUCGGACCCCUCAAAGAGCAUAUGGCCCGUACGCCUCAUCCAAGGGUACUUGACAUAAGAACUCAACAGGGAACUUGGGUUCAAGAGAUGGCUUCCGAAUUCCCGCAUGCGCAGUUUAUUAGCUUGGACCUCGUUCCUAUGAUACCUCAUGUCCCCAGGCCGAACAUUACAUUUGAGGUUUACGACCUAUAUGCCGGCUUGGCCGAGCCGGACGAGUCGUUUGAUAUUAUCCAUGCCCGCGAUUGUAUCAAUUCGGUAGCCGGCAAACACGCCUAUGAAGCUUACGAUACCGACACCCCUGCCAUUCGUUCAUCUCCUCGGGUCCACCGGGGGCUCCAAAUCAUUCGGCAAGCUGUAUCUUCGCAGGGCGUUAUGAUAGAUCACAUUCCAUCUAUUUCGCAUUGGCUUGAUCCCAGCUCGGGUCUAUGGUCUUCUCCCUCCCACCCGACAGCCUCCGGUGCCACCCCUAUACUAACCACGCGCAAACGUGGCUUCACGCAAAUCGAGACUCGAAUAGCACAUCUUCCGGAUGGAACCUGGCACCCAGACCCAUGUCAUCCUCUCAUGCUCGAGAAGGGAGUGGACGAGGAACUAGUCCGGUCCAUCGUUGAGGAUGCGUUGGAGGAGCUGAUGGAUCCUACCAUACAAACGGUAUGGAAGUACUACAUGACUCAUGCUGUGAAGAUCUGA